UAAUGUAUCCUACAGCACCUCCUGACGAGGAGAAAUAUGCAGCUGAUCAUAAUAAUCACCAAAACAUUGCAAAUCCUGUCCCAGUUCCAGGGCUGAACAAUCCUAGUGUAUUACGAACGUACACUCCUCCCCCGUACGCAUACAAUACGCAGCCUGCUGGUCAUGUAAGGGGGACCUGGUCCACUGGUCUUUGCCAUUGUUGUGAUGAUCCUGCAAAUUGUAUGAUCACUGCCUGUUGCCCUUGCAUCACGUUCGGCCAGAUAGCUGAGAUUGUGAGCCAAGGCUCCACAUCUUGUGCUUCACAGGGAGUGUGCUAUGGGGUUCUUCUAGCAACAACUGCAAAUGCAUGCUUGUAUUCGUGCUUCUACCGCUCGCGGUUGAGAGGCCAAUAUGACUUGGAAGAAGCUCCUUGUGUGGACUGCCUGGUGCACUUCUGCUGUGCUACUUGUGCACUAUGUCAAGAGUACAGAGAGCUCAGAAAUCGCGGUUUCGAUAUGGGGAUAGGUUGGGAAGCCAAUAUGGACCGACGAAGGCGCGGAGUUACUGCAGCUCCGACUGUGGUUCCAGGGAUGACCAGAUAAAAGAGUAUUCUGUGGCGCCAUUUCUUUGUGUCAAGGGUGCUGCUGAUGUUGCUGUGCUGCUACUUGCACACUUUCGUUAUGUUAUGAACUUUUUGUGUGCAUGUUCUUUGAGGCUGGUUUUGAGUGCUUACCCAUGUGUUCUUUAUGUGAUUUUAUAAUAAAAUUCUUCAUGUUGAGUUCAAACUA